AUGGCAGCUGCACAACCGCCUGGAAGUCGGUUGGGCUCGGCGAAGAGCGAGCAUGACCAAAGACAGGCGCCCAAUUCGACUCGUUCUGCAGAGAGCAAUUCAGUAUCCGACAAAGACGUCGAUGUUCGGAUAGAUCCUGAUGUCGAGCGUGGAAUUCCCAUCAUCGACACUACCGACGAUGUUGACGAAGAGAAGACAGCUGAUGUAGCGGCCUCUGAGCAGGAUCCCAACAUCGUCGACUGGGACGGUCCCAAUGAUCCCGAGAAAGCCCUGAACUGGCCCAACAAGAAGAAAUGGGGCAAUGUGGCUGUUAUUUCCUCCGUCACGUUCUUGACCCCUCUGGCCUCCUCGAUGGUUGCACCUGCUGUCCCGUUGGUCAUGAAGGAGUUGCAUUCGACCGACGACACAAUCGCGAGUUUCAUCGUAUCGAUCUAUGUUCUCGGCUAUGCUCUUGGGCCUCUCUUUCUGGCUCCCAUGUCGGAGGUCUAUGGAAGACUACCAGUCUAUCAUGCUUGCAACUUCCUGUUUGUGAUAUGGACCUUGGCUUGUGCACUGGCUCCAAAUAUUGGUGGCAUCUUGGUCUUUCGCCUGUUGGCUGGUGUUGCAGGUAGUUGUCCCAUCACUAUCGGCGGAGGCUCGAUCGCGGACCUGAUUCCACAGGAAAAGCGAGGAGCUGCGAUGGCGCUGUUCGCCAUGGGCCCCAUUCUCGGCCCUGUGAUCGGUCCUGUCGCGGGGGGUUAUCUUGGAGAGGGCGCAGGCUGGCGAUGGGUGUUCUGGCUGAUCACCAUUGCCGGCGGCGUUGCUCUUUGCUUCUCGCUGCUCACCCUGCGAGAAACGUACGAGCCGAUCCUGCUGGAGAAACGAACGAAGCGGCUUCGCAAAGAGACGGGAAAUCCUAACCUACGAUCAAAGCUCGACAAAGGAAUUCCAACCAAAGAAUAUUUCUUACGCGCCAUCGUCCGUCCGAGCAAGAUGCUUCUGUUCUCUCCGAUUGUUCUCUCGCUCUCGCUCUACAUGGCCGUGGUCUACGGCUACCUCUAUCUGUUGUUUACGACGCUCACACUUGUCUUUGAAGGAACAUACCAUUUCAGUCAAGGAGCCGUGGGCUUGGCUUAUUUGGGGAUAGGGAUAGGCUCCCUGUUUGGGCUGAUCACAUUUGGAAUCUUGUCGGAUCGCAUGGUCAAGAAACUAUCGGCCAAGGGAGAGAUGAAGCCGGAAUACCGCCUACCUCCUCUGAUUCCCGGCAGCUUGAUCAUCCCUAUCGGCUUGUUCUGGUACGGAUGGUCGGCGCACGCUGCUAUCCACUGGAUAAUGCCAAUCAUCGGCACGCUUUUCGUCGGUCUGGGACUCAUGGCGACCUUUAUGCCGAUCCAGACCUACCUCGUCGACGCAUACCAUUUGCACGCCGCCUCGGCCCUGGCCGCAAGUACUGUUCUCAGGAGUUUCGUCGGGGCAUUUUUGCCUCUGGCAGGCCCCAAAAUGUACGAGGCAUUGGGGCUAGGCUGGGGUAAUUCAUUGCUCGCCUUUAUCGCAUUGGCCUUGUCGCCAGUGAGCUGGAUUCUGUACAGACAUGGUGAGAAGAUUCGUAAAGCAGAGCGGGUUAACUUUUGA